GAUGUUUUCCAUAAAAAGGAAAAUUUCCUUUCUUGAACAACCAGCCACCACCAGCAGCCGCCCUUUAUCUCUCUAGUUCUCUUAGUUUUUCUGGACAGACCAAAACUUCAGACCGGGCUGAAACCCCGACAAAGGGAAACGGUGAAAAUGAUGAGGGAGAAGAUCAAGAUCAAGAAGAUUGACUACCUGCCAGCAAGGCAGGUGACCUUCUCAAAGAGAAGAAGAGGGCUCUUCAAGAAAGCUGCAGAGCUAUCUGUUCUGUGUGAAUCUGAGGUGGCUGUCAUCAUCUUCUCUGCUACUGACAAGCUCUUUGAUUAUUCAAGCUCAAGUACCGAGGAUGUUAUUGAAAGGUACAAAGCGCACACAAAUGAUCUCGAAAAAUCGAACAAACAGUUUCUUGAGCUGCAACUGGAGAAUGAAAACCACAUCAAACUGAGUAAGGAACUCGAGGAGAAGAGCCGCCGGCUGAGGCAGAUGAAAGGUGAGGAUCUUCAAGGGCUGAAUAUGGAUGAGCUGCUGAAGUUAGAACAACUGGUGGAAGCAAGCCUUGGCCGUGUGAUAGAAACUAAGGAAGAGCUGAUUAUGAGUGAGAUUAUGGCACUGGAGAAAAAGGGAGCUGAGCUGGUAGAAGCCAACAACCAGUUAAGGCAGAAGAUGGCGAUGUUAUCCGGAGGAAAUACUGGACCUGCGUUUGUGGAGCCGGAGACGUUGAUUACUAAUGUUGGAGGUGGAGGAGAAGAAGACGGCAUGUCAUCUGAAUCUGCCAUAAUUGCCACCUCCACCAGCUGCAACAGUGCUCACAGUCUCUCUCUUGAAGAUGACUGCUCCGAUGUCACUUUAUCUCUCAAACUGGGGCUUCCCUAGUUUCUUGGUUAAGAAGUGGACAAGGAAGAAAGUUUACUCACUUUAUAGCUAAAUAAACAAAAUCGAGAUAAUGUGAGACGCAUCAGUAGUGAUCGUGUGUCUUAACUCGAUAUGACAUUGAAGGGAGAGUAACUUUCUGUGUAUCUAAACCUAUGGUAUUACAUGCAGCCUGACAUACUGCUCUUCGACUUUGUAUUGUAUGUAUUAAUGCAGCCUGCACGGAGACUACUAGAUGUUGUGUU